AUGGCAAAGACUCGACCUGAAAAUGUCAACUGGCUACUGGAUCUUCACCAGGACUUGCCAUUCCGGCCUUUCAUCUACUCUGUAGAUUCGUCUGUCGAGCCUGGUUGUCUGGCCCCUCGUUCAGGAAGAGGCAGAGAGACUGCAGCAUACCUGUCUUACAUCAUCGACGACUACGAUUCGCUCCCAGGAUAUUCUGUAUUUAUCUACGCAAAGGAUGAGCAAUGGCACAAAGAUGUUCUCGGACAAAAGGCACCAGACACGAUCAAAGCCCUUCGCUUUCAACACAUCAACGCCACUGACUUUGUCAACCUACGCUGCACAUUGUUUCCUGGAUGUCCACUUGGGCUAAAUCCUCUGGAUCCUCCCGAGCAGGACAUCCGCAACAAAGACACGAGAGCUUUCUUUGCGGAGAUAUACAUGGAGCUAUUUGACGUCACGCGCGAGAAGGUACCAAAGCAUAUUGGCAACGUCUGCUGUGCACAAUUUGCUGUCACUAGAUCUCGCAUCAUGCGGCGGCCAAAGUCAGAUUACGAAAGGAUGCUCAGAUGGACUGACCAGACUCAACAAGCUGACUUUGCUGUGGGCUGGCUGUUCGAGAAACUGUAG